AUUCCAAUUCUCCAAAGAGGGAAUUCGUGUUGGGAAUGAGCCCCAGAACGUGUCAGCAAGGAAGGGGGCAUGGUGUCACACACUCUCCUCUGGGGGCAACGCUGGGAAUUUGGAAGGGGCUGGAAGUUGGAAAUCCACAUGGAUUUCUUAACAUUCCUGGUAUUUCUUGGUCCGUGGACACCCCUUUCUGCAUUCCUGGGGAGGGAUGCGGCUCUGAGCUGGGAUGGGGGGGACAAAGGGGUGCGCUGGCUGGAAAAUGGCACUGCAGGAAUCAGCAUGGAUCCCUGGGAUGGGAAUAUGGAGCCCUGGAGUUUCAUGCUGGGGUGGCAAUUUUGGGGGUGGCCCUGAACCCUGAAUUGGAAUGGGGUGUGUCCCACCCGUGUCCAGGAAUGGGGAGGUGCCACAGGGAAAGUGGGGACUGACAGGAAUUUCGGGGUGUGGCCGGUGCCAGGCAGGCACGGGGUCAUGGGGCAGGAGGGCUCUGCCCUCGCCAUUCCCGGGUUAAUGAUUUCCAAGGAAUCCUCAAGCCUUUCCCUGUGCAGAGCCCACGGCCCAGGCUGUGCCCAGCGGGGUACACCAUGGUGGAGGUGACGGUGACGCCGCAGUCCUCGCUGGCCGACCGGCCGGUGCAGAUCCGUGUGCGGGGACUGUCCCCAUCCCAGCUGGUCACGCUCCGGGCCUGGCUGAAGGACGAGCAGGGCGAGUGCUUCCAAUCCCGUGCCUUUUUCCGCGCCGACGGAGCGGGAGAGGUGGAUCCCGGGCUCCACGCCGCCCUGGGGGGCAGCUACUCCGGGCUCUGGCCCAUGGGGCUCCUGUGGUUCCUGCAGCCCGACUCGCUGUUCCGGCGGCUGGUGAAGCGGGAUGUGGCCGGCAGCCCCUUCCGCGUGCGGCUGGAGGUGUGGGACGGGCUCAGCCUGGGCACGGAUCCGCGGGAGCAGCCGCUGGCAUCCUGCGAGGCCGAGCGCUGGUACGUGGGCCCCGGAGUGCAGCGGGUGCCCAUCCGCGAGGGAAGGGUCCGUGGCGCCCUGUUCCUGCCUCCUGGUCCGGGCCCCUUCCCUGGAGUCAUCGACCUGUUUGGGGGUGCGGGGGGCCUGAUUGAGUUCCGGGCAGGGCUCUUGGCCAGCCGGGGCUUUGCCGUGCUGGCCCUCGCCUUCUUCGCCUAUGACGACCUGCCCCGAGUCCUGGCCCAGCUGGACCUGGAAUAUUUCGAGGAAGCGGCUGAGCUGCUCCUCCGGCAUCCCAAGGUCCGAGGCCCCGGCCUGGGUGUGGUGGGCGUCUCCAAAGGCGCGGAGGUGGCCUUGGCCAUGGCCACCUUCCUGCCACAGGUGGCGGCCACGGUGUGGAUCAACGGCACAAGCUUCCUGUACGGAAACCCGCUGCUCUACAAGGAGCUGCGCAUCCCUGCCAUCCCCUACCACACCGAGCGCGUCCUGUUCACCGAGGUGGGAGCCAUGGACAACUCGGCCAUCUUCGACGACCCCCGGGACGCCGCGCACCGCGCCUCGGCCAUCCCGGUGGAGAGGAUCCGGGGAAAGGUGCUGUUUGUGGUGGGGGAGGCCGACCGCAGCUUCAACAGCAAGCUCUUCGCCGAGCUGGCCCUGGCGCGGAUGCCGCCGGAGAGCGGCCGGGUGCUGUCCUACCCCGGCGCCGGGCACCUCAUCGAGCCCCCCGGGUCCCCCCUGUGCAGCAACUCCGCCAUCCGCGGCACCCCCAAACCCGUGGCCUGGGGGGGAGAGCUCCAGCCCCACGCCCGGGCACAGGAACAUUCCUGGCAGGAGAUCCUGCAGUUCUUGGAGCUCCAUCUGGGCUCGGUUGCCGCCAUGAAGCUGUGAGGGGUGGGGAGAAGGGGUGGUGGGAUUGUCACUGUGGGGAAUAAAGUGUCACCACUGGUGGCUGCUGCCUGUGCUCCUGGGGGAUGAUGUGUGGGACAAAGGUUGGACACAGAUUGAGGAAAUCUAUUGCAGAUAUUUGGGAGAUACAUGAGAUACAUGUUGGAUACAUAUGGGAUAUACAUCAGAUUAUAUAUAUAUAUAUAGGAAGUAUAUUGGACAUAUAUGGGAUAGAUAUAUUGGAUAUAUAUUAGCUGUAUGUUGGACAUAUAUAUACGAUAUAUAUUGGAUACAUAUGGAACAUGUAGAACAGACAGCCCAGACAUAUAUUGGACAAAUA